UUCUCUCACUUUCUUCUCUGAAAAUCAGUAGAUAGAAAAGCAAAAAAAUCAUCCAUAAAAAACCCAAUAUAUAACACGAUGUUGCUGGGAAAACGCUCACGCCAUCCGAUCAAGAGGACGACAAGCAUGACGGGGAUCACCAUCGAUGUCUCCAACGUGGAGGAUGUCCAAGAACCAAUUGUAUCCGAUAUUCCUCCCCCUCAAAACCACCCUUUGCAUGAAUUCCCAAACGGCAACUUUGGUAACGAUCAACGUUUCUUGGCCAUGGUCUCGCCAAGAAACCCAGUUGGUGGAAGAUCAGGUUCUACUAACCAUGUUCUCGACACUGCUCCUUUUUUGCGCUCUUGUUGCCUUUGUAAACGCCGCUUAGCUCCUGGUCGUGACAUAUAUAUGUAUAGGGGGGAUACAGCGUUUUGUAGUCUAGAGUGCAGGGAACAGCAGAUGAAGCAAGACGAAAGAAAAGAAAAAUUGAACGUUGUAGCUUCAAAGAAAGAAGAUCGCCAUGCAUCUUCAAGCAAGGCUUCAACUAAAACCGAGCCUGUGGCUGCUGCUUGAACCUUGAACUUGAACCUUGAAGUUGAGGAAGAAAAAAUAGCUUAUAAAGCCAAAAAAAAAAAAAAAGAGAGAGGCAAAAUCCAAACCCACCCCAAAUUAAAAAAAUAGUGAAACUUGAUUGUCUUUCGUCAUGGAUUAAUCUCCUAGCCUCCAAUAUUGGAGCCCACUAAUGUUUCACAGUAUUAUAAAAAGAUGAUGAUGGUGAUGAAAACAAUAUUAUGAAGCUGCUGUAAUAUUGUGUAGAAAAAGAAGACAAUUAUAUAGUGGGUGCAGUAAUAUAAGUUAUGUGGAUGCUGAUGCAAAUGGGCAAAGCUAUGAGCUUGAGAUCAGCAUUUAUGAUUCCAGUUCCAA